GGGUUGCUAGUUACUUCACCUGGCGGUGUGCAUACGCGUGCGCUUUGCAGCACUCGAUGAUGCUCGAUAUGCCUGGUCUGCAGUGAAGACGGGUCGAACUGCCUGCACGCGAGGCCGUCGAGGCUAGCCUCGAAUGCAAUGAUACGAUAUGCUGGAGCGAUUAUGGCGGCUAGGAGCAACGCGGUGCUCGUGAUUCUGCUUACGCUGGCGCCCUUCGCGGCAUGCAUCGACGUGAAGCUGGUCAAUGAUUUUGCCCCGGCGGAUGCGGCAGUAGUGUAUGAGGGGCGUGUGGAAGUCACGAGCCCCACCUCCGGCCAGAUCUGCAGCUCACUGUUUGACGACCGCGAUGCUUCAGUCAUCUGCCGACAGCUGGGCCUACCUACUGCCUCCGCCACGGCUGUGUUUGAAGCAUGGCGUGUGUACGGCAAGGAGGGGCCGUGGGCCGGGGGCGCGGCGGCCUCCGACGCAGACAUACUGGCGUAUCUCAACACCAACUACCCGCCCAUCACCUUGGCCCGCCUGCGCUGCCGCGGCCGUGAGACCAGCCUGGACUCGUGCACCCUGGACACAGCUGAGAGCGGCGGAGACGGCGCCGCAGCGGUGGCGCUGUGCAACCGAGCGCAGGCAGUCGGCGUGCGCUGCUACCCCGCCGACUACACCCUGCGCCUUGUGAACAACGGCAACAGCGGUUUCGGCGUGACGGAGGGCCGAGUGGAGGUGUGGCUCUACCACGGGUGGGGCCCAGUCGGCUCCAAGUCCUUUGACACGUCGGACGCAGCCGUCGUCUGCCGGCAGCUGGGCCUGCCCUCCGGCGGGGCCACCGUCCUGACCGGCGCCGCCGCCGCUGCACGUUACGGCAGCCCGACCGCCUCCACGGCCACAGUGCUCAUUGACGGCCUGCAGUGCACUGGCGAUGAGGCCAGCGUCGCCGCCUGCGACCGCAGCGUCAGCGCCGCCGACCUCGCCGCCGCCGCUUCGGCCGCGGCCGCCGCCGCUGCGGCGGGCGCAGCGCCUCGGCCGGCGUUUGUGGGUGUGCAGUGCCGCGAGCCGGAGUACGCGGCGCGCCUUGUGGACGGAGAGCACCCCUCGGAGGGCCGCCUGGAGCUCUACAAGGGCGGCAUGUGGGGUUCUGUGUGCGCUUCCGGAAUCGACACAUCGGCCCUGCUCACCGCCUGUCGUCAGCUGGGAUUCUUCACCUCCCCUGACCUGGGUCCAACGGUCCAGACCCUGUCUGCCAGCGGCCUUGAUGUGCCCGCCGCCACCCCACCGCUGGUGGCUGGCGGCCUGGCCUCCUGCCCCGCCGGCGCCACGAGCCUUUCCCAGUGCCGCGCCUCGCUCCCCAACGGCGCCGCCGGCGACCCCACCGCCACUUGCGCUAACGGCUCCGCCCCCUCGGACUCCGCCGCUGUGCUGCGCUGCUACGCCGUGCCCCCAUUGCUGGCGUCCGACGUGGAGCCCCGGGCCCUCUGUGCCGACCCCUGGUCCACCGCUGCCGGCCUGGCGCCUAGUGCUGCGGGGGCCACGGCGCUGCUGGUCGGCGAGUUUGAUGACCUCUCCGCCGGCGCUGCCACGCGCGCCCAGGAUGCACUGCUGCUGAGCUAUGGCGCCGACGGCCGGCUGCUAGGGCACGCCGCGUUCGGGCGCCCCUGGGCAUCAUCGUUCGGGUCUGAGGCCGACAUCGACUUUGGCGUGCUGCCCGCUGCACCCGGCGCUCUCCUGCUUGCGGACGUGACUGGUGACGGCCGAGAUGACCUGGUGGCGCUGACCAGCGACGCCGUGCUGGCCAAUGCGCAGCUCCAUGUCGCCGUUGCCAGCGGAGCUCGCUCCUUCGCCCCGCUUGCCACCUGGUUGCUUCCCAAUGGCGCAGGGGGAGCCGCAUCCGGCGCGGGAUCUAUAUCUUCUUCAUCCACGGCCACCACCGCGCCAGCGGCCACUGGAAGUGGCCUUGGCGGUGCCGACACCAUCGACACGAGCAACACCACCAGUCGCUCCUACCUGUUCAUCGACGUCACUGGGGACAAUGCAGCAGACAUGGUUGUGUUUGAUGCAGACACUCUGCGCGUGUCCUACUACCCAUCCAACAUGGUCAACGAGCUGCAGGACGACACGGACGGCGGCGGAAUCACUUGGUUUGAGCUGUCGACUGUGCCGGCUCGCUGCGUCUCCCUGGGCGAGGACUGUUUCUUCGUGGCGGGCGACUUCAACGGCGACGGGCUGAACGACUGGGCGCUGGUAUACCGGGACCGCUUCACCGCCGGCCCCGCGUCCAGUGCCAGCUCCACUGCCGCCGCCUCCGGCCCCCAGGAAGUGUUCCUCACGCUGGUCGGCACCUCGCCGCCCAGCCCCCUCACCUGGCAUCUGGCCGCCCCUGCAUCCUUCCCGCGCGGCGCCUGCAGCAGCCCCUGGGCCGUGCUGCUGGGCCGCUUCAGCGGCGGCGGCGCGGACUCAGAGCCACAGGUGGCCUGUGCCAGCUCCGCCGAUGCGCACGUGUACGUGGCUGGGUACGAGCGCGCGUGGGGCGUGCUGCCCGGCCCUCCCACCCUGAUUGCCGUACGCGACGUGGAUCUGGACGGCCGGGACGACCUGCUCGUCCUAACUGCUGACGGCUCGUACUACCUGACCUCGACCGGAUCCGGAUUCCGCCCGCCAGUCAGCACGGCGGCGUACGGCAGCGCCGCCACCGGCAGUGUGCCGCUGGCCGCCGCCCUGGCGCUUGGCCAGACUGACCAGACCAGUGCCAAGGUGCUGGCUGCGCCGGCCCCAAUCGCCGCCGCCCCCGUGGAAGCCCGCUGCGGCGCGCCCUCUCGCCUGGUGGUCUACUACUCCAACCGCCGCCUCGACCCCACCCCCGGCUGUAGCAGCGCCGGCAGCAGCACCACUGCCACCGCAGGCAGCAGUAGCAGCAGCAGCAGCAGCGCCGCGGCUGCUACAGCCGACCAGCAGCAGCAGCAGGUGCUGCAGCGGCUGGCGGGCUCGGGGGCCAGCCACGUCAUCUUCUCGCGGCUGCGGCCGAAUGCGGACGGCCUGAAUGUGACACUGGCGGCGCCGCGUGACCGGCCCGUGCUCGCGAAUCUGGCCAGGUCGUUGCGGCGCCUGAGCCCUGGCGUCAAGGUGCUGGCAGCCAUCGGUGGAGAAGACAGCGGCAGCGGUAGCAGCGGCCCGGAAGAUGCCGCGGCGUUUGCUCGGCUGGUUCGCAACCCGCAGUCCAUCGAGCGCUUCGCGGCUGCUGCGGCGGCGUUCGUGCAGUCGUACGGUCUCGAUGGGCUGGAACUCAACUGGCCGGGUCUCACAGAGGAGCAGGUGCCCGGCUAUGCCAGCCUCGUCCAGGCGCUGUCCUUCUCCCUGCGCCGCCUCAGCACCAACACCAACACCAGCGCAGCUAGCGGGGCGCCGCUGCUGCUCGCGUUGGCGCUGUCGCCCGCUUCGUCUCCCCAGCUGGCGCUGCCCUGGUACCUGCUGGCGCCGUACGUUGACCUCUUCAACUUCCAGGCCUUCGACAUGGGUGGCGACGAGGUGCUGGGCGCCACGCCGUACAUUGAGACGCCGCUGUACGACUGUACGGAGGCGUACGGCCUGAGCGUCAACAGCCUGGUUGAUCAGCUGCUGGCGGCGGGUGUGCCGCCCCAGCGCCUCAACCUGAUUGCCUCCGCUCUGGCCCGGACCUACGUGCUGGACGGAGACGGCGCGGUUGGCGGUCCCGGCUCACCCGGCCCCUGCCUGGGCGCCGAGGGCCUUCUCGACCAGGCCGAGCUGCGGUUGCUACUGCCGGCCGGCGGCAGUGCGGGCAGUGGCAGUAGCAGCAGCGGCAGCGCCGGCGGCGCCCGGCUUGCCCCCGCUGCGGCUGCUGUGUACUCACCGUACAGCUAUGGCGGCGGCAGCCAGUGGGCCCACUGGGAGGAUGCAUACACGCUGGGCAGCAAGGCCUGCUUCGCUCGCAUCCAUUGCCUGGGCGGCCUGGGGCUGUGGGACGCGGACGGCGACUCAUUCGGGCAGCUGCUGGGCGCGCUGGGCUCCGCGGCGGCCGCCGACCCCGCCUCCUGCGUUGACUUCACGCCCCCCUCCUGCCCCAACACGGCCUCGGCCUCCGGCACCACGGACCUGGGUGCCCCCGACCUGGUGGCCACUCUGGGAGACACCGAGUACAGCCUGUUCCAGGUGCGCAAGACCUUUGACGACGCCCGCGCCCACUGCGCGGCGUUUGGCGACGGCGGCGACCUGGCGGCGGUGACCAGUGCCGCGGAGGCGGGCGCCGUGUAUGGGCUGCUGGCGGGCUGGGCGGCUAGCGGCCAGCUGGGGGCGGAGGACCUGUGGAGCGGCCGGGACGUGGCGAUGUGGCUGGGCGGCAGCGACGCAGCUCAAGAAGGCCGCUUCGUGUGGCUGUCCCGCGCUGGUGCCGACCUCACCUACACCGCCUGGGCGGCCGGGCAGCCCGACGGCAGGUUCGGCGGCGAGGACUGCCUGGGUGCGGUGGUGCGUCUGGCCGGCGGCAGUGGCGCGGGGCUGCGGCAGGUGGUGUCGCCCGCGGCGCAGUGGUACGACCUCGGCUGCACCACGGCACUGCCCUUCGUGUGCGCACGUCCGCGCAGCGUGACGGAGGGCAGCGGCCUGACCGCGGCCGCCACGGCUGCAGCCGGCGGCUACCGGCGCGUGUCCGCCGGCCCCACCGCCUCGCUAUUGGUGUUUCCCCCGUCGGCGGCAGCAGGCAGUGACGGAGGACAGCAGCCGAUGAUGAUGACUAUGGCCGAGGGCCAGAAGCUGUGCCGUAGCCUGGGGGCUGAGCUGCCCUCUCUGACGGACCCGCUGGUCCGGCAGCAGCUGCUGGGCAGCUUCUCCAGCGGCGGAAGCUACGGCACCCGCGCGGGCCUGCCGCCGUACAUCUGGCUGGGCCUGAGGUCGUACGGCGAUGGCGAGCUGUACUGGAGCGACGGCUCCCAGACCUCCGACGGGCUGCUGAACGCCUGGGAGCAGGGCGAGUUCGGGGAGGCGGCAUGCGCGGUGUUGGUGCCGGGGCCGCAGUCCGCAAACGUCACGUUGCAGAUUGACGGCCUGUACAGCUUCUGGAAUGAGUCGGUGGCGCUCGGUGCGCAGCGUGUGUCGCCGCCGCCUCCUCCUCCUCCGAACACGCCGCCGCCGCCCACGCCGCCGCCGCUGGCGCCCUUCGGCCCCGACCGUCCGGCCGGCCUGCCACCGCAGCCUGAGCCUGCCGGCUUGCGGCCAGCGCUGCCGCCACCCGGCCUUCCCGUGGCGCCGCCUGAUGCGCCGGAGGCGGACCAGAUUGCCGCCGGCUUCGCGCCGCCGCCACAGGCGCCGCCGCUGGCGGGUGUGCCGCCCGUUGUGGACUUGCUGCUGUCGCCUGGCGUCUGGUCGUUGAGCUGUCUGGAGCUGGCGCCGGUGGUGUGCCUGGAUGGCCCGCCUGAGGUGUCCCUUACUCCGGACUUCUACUGCCUCUCCCGCCCGAGCGGCCCCGGCGGUGCACCGCUGCCUAUGCCCGUGCCCGGUCUGCUACUGCCGCCUGGCGACUCGGCUGGCGGCAGUAGCAACCCGCUGUCGGUGCGCUCGGAGCUCGAGUGCGCGGCCGCCUGCAUGGUUGCACAACGGUGCGUCUUCUUUUCCUAUCUGCCUGGCUACCCCAGCAGCACUGGCAGCAGCAGCAGCAGCAGCAGCAGCAGCAGCAGCAACCUCAUCAAUGCGUGUUUCCUGCUGCAAGAGCCCUGGUCCACAGCCGCCGGUGCCACCGUCCCGCAGCGUCCUGGCAGCAGCAGCUCCGGCAGCGGCAGUAGCUCCAGCGGCAGCAAUGCGUACAGCUACACUACCGCUGACCGUGUGUGUUUCCGCAGCGGGGCAGCCUUCAUGGGUGACGUCAUCACCGUUGCCGACAUCGCAGCCGUCGCUGCGUCCGCAUCAAACGCCAGCAGCACCAGCAACAGCAGCACGGACGCUGCAGCUUCAGGCACGGGCAGCAGCUCAACUGCUGCCGGCGCCUCGCUAGCGCCAGUCACCGCGAUUAGUCCCAUGUUCGGUUUCCCUGCGCCCACGCCCGUCCCAGGGCUUGACCCUCCCGCGCCCCGCGCCGCACCGUGGCGACUGAGCCCCGGAGUGCCGCCGCAGGAGAGCGGUUACGGCGGUUACGGUGGCGGUGGCGUGUACGGCAGUCAUGGCGGUUACGGCGGCUACGGUGGCACCACCGUCACGGAGUACGGCGAGCAGCAUCUGGCCUUCUCUCUCCGCUGCGCGCUCGACUCGGCUCUCCCAGUCCUGUCAAGUGUGUCGCUUGUUCUGGAUGCUGCCGGAUACAUUGCAGACGUCGGCACGUCUUGCGGCGGCGGCACUGCCAGCGGCAGUGGCGGCGGCAGCAGCAGCGUGAGCAGCAACAGCACUACUGGGGACGACUUGGGGCCUGCCGCCUCCACCGACAUGCUGAAAUCGGCAGAGCAGCGGGCUGUGCUGCCGCCGCUGCCAGCCGUCACCGCGUCCAUCUACCGAGAGUCGUGCGGCCCGUCGGGGGCUGUGGUGGGAAUUAGCGGGACCUUUGACGCCGCCGGCAUCUGCACGGCUGUGCUCUCCUGCGCCAGUGGUGCAACGAUCCCGCUUCUGCCGUCGUCAUCCGCUGGUGACGGGAGCAGUGCUGACGCGGCGGCUGGCGACGGCCGCAAUCUGCCGCGUCCCUGCGCUGCCGUGGGCGGCGCCUUCGCCUUCUCCUGCCCGUCCGGCAUGGUCGCUUACGGCCUCCAGGGGACCUUCGCAUCUGCCUACGGUGCCAGCUCCGCCAUCAGCCUUGCGACUCUGCAGCUGCUGUGCGCGACCGCGCCGGCGCUGCCAACGGCGCAGCAGGCGGCGCCGCCCGCGGCGCCACUGCCGCCGCGCCCGCCCGUGCCGCUGCUUGCUCUUCCGCUGCCAGCCCCAACCGGUGGCAAUGGCUCCGCAACCUCAGGCCGCCGCCUGCACGAGGAGGGCGAUCCCGUUAUUAUCGGCAGCACCGGCCUCGUGGGCAGCAUCCAGGGCAGCGGCAGUGGCAACGGAGGAAGCGGCAGUGGCCACAACCGUGCAAUCGGAGUGCAGCUGCCAAAGCCGCGCCGCACCCUGCUACAGCAGGCCGAUGACAACACUUCCAUGCCCAGUCCCCCGUCACCCCCACCGCCGCCACCGCCGUCCCCGCCGCCUCGCCCGCCGCCACCGCCGCGGCCUCCAAGGCCGAGCCCACCCGUUCCGCCGCCCCAAGGUUCGCCGCCAGUGCCGCCGCCCUCGCCCAAGCCCCCCACCCCACCCAGCCCGCCGCCCGUGCCUCCGGCCCCGCCCUCUCCAAAGCCACCCAGCCCGCUUCCUCCCCAGCCGUCACCCACGCCGCCAACACCACCGCCGGCGCCGUACCGUCCGGACGCUCCGCCCUCGCCGCCCAACCCGCCUCCCCGGCCGCCUCGGCCCCCUGCGCCGCGGCCGCCCACGUCAUCGCCGCCGCCGGUCCCCGCGCCGCCGUCACCCCCAGCCCCAGUCGCUUCCGGUGUUCCUGCCUGCAACGGCUGCUCUCCCGUGUUCGGCUCCCUUGGUAACGACAUGGGGGCGGCGCCGGCAGUAGCCACCGUGUGCCCGCCUGGCUACUUGAUAAGUCGCCUGGUCUUCAGCAGCGCCCGUAGCGGCAGCAGCAGCUCCGGGGAUGCGCCGUACACGGGUCUUGGCGCCGUGUGCAUGGAUGCUGCCACAGCUGCGGCUACCAACAGCAGCAGUAGCAUGAGGGGCAGUAGCAGCAGCCUGACUGCGGGUGUGCCUGCAACAGUCGGACCAUUCGACCAGUUCCAUGCCCUCGCCUGCGGGAACGCAAACUCUGAUUUCAUCACGUCUGUGAGCGGCUUGUACUACUACCCCACGGCGGAUAGCACCGGCUACAUCACCAGUGUGACACUCGGUUGCCGGGGCGACACCGGCAGUCACCAACGCCGCCGCAUGAUUGAGGACGCAGCGGUCGGUGUGUCCUGGUCAUACGAUUGCCCGUCCGGCACCGUGCUAACCGAAAUCCGUUGGGCGGUUGCCCCAGCCGCCGCUUCAACCGACUCUGGAACCAGCGACACGGGGCUCCUGAGCGGUGUGGCCUUCCGCUGCGGGUUGACGCUGGCGGGACUGCCGCCGGCACUCCCACCGGCGACCCCAUCCAACCCAAUCGCAACGUUCACGGCAAGCGAUAGCAGCGGCAGUGGCCAGCAGCAGCAGGAGGUGGUUGCGCUUCAGUGCCCUCCGGGCCAGUUCCUGACUUCGCUCUACGGACGGUACAUGGCUGCUGUAGAACCGGCGGAGGACGGCUCCGGCGGCUCUUCGGCUCAGAUCAACUCCCUGGGGGUGGUGUGCAGCGAAGCCGCGCUGGCCCUGCGAGAGGCAUCCGCACGCGUGCACAAUGCCACCGCCAACAACAGCAGCUCCACGUAUGUUGCCUUCACCGCCGCCGCCUGCCCCGCCGGCGUCAGCGCCGUUGUGGGCCGCCGCACCGGCGGCAACACCAGCGCGGCCGGGGACGCAACGGCUGUAGCACCGCUGCUGCUUGCCUCGCUGGAUGUGCUGUGUUACGACACGGUUGACUACAGCCUCAACAACCUGUACGGCAGCACUACCGCGGUCGAUGGCACGGUGUUUGGCGAGCGGUGCCCACAGCUGACAUUCGCGUCGGGUGUGACGCUGGUACGCUCUGCGGCUGGGGGUGACGGCUUCACGUCGCUCCGGCUGCUGUGCACGCCCGUUCCGGACACCACGCUGGAGGCCACGGCGUACGCAGGCCAACUGCCAGCAGUUGGGCAGCUGCCGGCCCUGCCUGCCGCCAGCCCAGCAGGCUCUACCACUCAGCAGCAGCCGUACCACUACGAAUGCCCGGCUGGCUCCAAGGUUGUAUCGGUCCUUGCGCGCAUCGACAGCACGGCCAUUGCGACCGGUAGCGCCGGUGCAGACACGUCUGCGCUGCUCAACCUGCGUUUCGAGUGUGACAACGCCGCGCCCGACCCCUCCCGCCCCAGCCUGGCAGCAAUCGCGGCCGCCGCAGAGCUGGCUGCCUCCUCUCCCUACUCUGCCGCGGUGCUGCUUGCCGCUACUGGCACCAGCAGCGGUGCGGGGGCUGUGACCAGCGGUGCGGGCAGCGGCGGCAGCAGCACCGGCGCAGCAGGUGGCGGCGGCCUGGGCCAGCUCGGCCAGGAGCGUUACAUCAGCCCCGACCUCACCAGUUCGGCUCCGCCCACCUCGUUCCUGAUUGAGACCAGUUGCCCUCUGGGCGUUGCCGGCCUCGAUGCCGACCGCCUGUCGGCCCUGGAUGACGGCGCUGCGGCACUGCUGCCCGUGGCCCGACUGGACCUGCCGUACUACACGACCGACGACGCGGCAAUGGCAAGUGGCGGUGCAGCACAGACCAGUGUACGGCGCGGGGAGGUGUACUACGCGGCGCUGUACGACAUCGUCUUGGACGCUAACCAGGCGACCGCGUUCUGCAGGCUGCAGAGUGGCGACCUGAUGAGCUUCCGGAAUGACAUCGAGCGCGACGCUGUUGCCUCCAUGCUGCAAGAGUGGGCGUACGGCAGUGGUGUGACCGAUGCCGUGUUCUCGGUUUGGAUUGGUGCUCGCCGUACGGCGGGCGCGAGCGGUGCGGCUGGCGGGCUGUACAACUUCUCGUACAUUGACGGCUCGGCGCUGUACGGGCAGUACGUACCGCCAUGGACGGCCGGCGAGCCCAACAACAUAGGCGGCGUUGAAGACUGUGUGGAGCUGGCCGUCAACGCGCUCACCGGCGUCGCCUCGUGGAACGACCGUGCCUGCCUGGGGCUGGUGCGCCGCCCGCUGUGCAAAAUCGUCCCGCCUGCCUAUCGGCCCGGCGUGAGCCCCAGUGACGCCGCCACCCCUGAUGUGGUGGUGGGGCUGGGGGGACCGAGCAGCGGUGGAGGCCAGCAGCUGAGCUACGAUGUCCCGUUGACCUGGGAUCGCGCCCGCACCUUCUGCCAGCGCCGCGGCGGCGCCUUGGCCUCCUUCUCAUCCACUGAUGACCUGCGUCGACUGGGGCUGGCUGUGGGCCAGUCGUACUUCAGCCGCACCAGCCUGAGCGGCGACGCGCUCAAGGACCGGCAGGACCUGUGGGUGGGGCUUCGCAGGACCCUGCCAGGCCCAGACUCUCCCGCGGCGGCGCUGCGGCCAGCAGUUGCAGCGGAGCAGUACGGCAGCUCGCUGUUCCUGUACGUGCCGCAGCCCAACCGCACCUUCGAACAGGCACGCUCCUACUGCCAGUCCCUGGGUGCGGAUCUGGCCGUCUUCAGCAGCGCCCGCCAGUACGACACCGUGAUGACCGGGAUCCAGGGAUCUGUCGUGAGGGACCUACAGGCUGACUCAUCCAUCGCCUGGAUCGGGAUCCGCCGCGGGAGCGGCUCGUCCAACGCCUUUGUGACCGCCGCCAGCGGCCGCCCUGCAACCUUCACUCGCUGGGCGGUGGGCUCGCCUGGCGGUAGUGGCAGUGGCAGCUGUGUGGCGGUGCGCACGCGCUGCUCCACCGGUGGCGGCGGCAACUGCACCAGCGAGUACGUGACGCUGGGCUGCGACGGCGCUGCCGGCAGUGCCCCGGCGGAUGCCUUCAUCUGCGAGCGAGCCACCGACGCCUCAGCGAGCGCUCUGCUGCCGGGAGCCCGCCAAGUCGCGGUCUACGCCGCCGAUGGCAGCAGCAGCGGCUGGCAGGCGGCGUCCGGGUCGUGUUCCGGCCGCGGCGGCAGCCUGGCGUCCCUGGUCGCGCAGGACGAGUACGACACGCUCCUGGCCGCGCUGGCACGUUCCGUGGCAGCGGCGGUAGCCGCAGGUAACAGCAGCAGCGGCGCCGGCAGCAGCGCGGUGGCCGGGCUGCUGCCUGGCGGCCUGCCCGCGGACGGCCGCAGGGCGCGUGUGGAGCUGUAUACGGGACUGCGCAAGGCCGCAGGUGACGCCGCCUACAGUUGGUCGGACGGCACACUUGCCGCCUUCCUGCCCUGGGCUUCCGGCGCCGCGCCGUCCAACGGCAGCAGUGGCUCAUCAGUCACCCGCUGCGGCCGCCUGGCUGUGGCAUGCUUUAAGAGUGGCGGCACCAGCAACAGCACGACAGACCCUACGCCGAUUUCAUCGGUGACGGUGUCGCUGGGCGGUGGCGACGGCGACGCAGUGACAUGCGAGCUGGAGGGGCUGUAUGAGCGCGACUGCGUGGUAGCCGCCCCGUAUGCGUGCACUUACGCCUACGAGGGCAGCUGGGCCUUCCUGGACGGCUCCGUGCUCAAGGCGGUCUUCACGCCCGUGCCCGCCAACACCUUCUUCCUGAGCGACGGCGGCGGCGGCACCACGCUUCGCGACGGCGUGCGCGUCGACACCAUCGGGCAUGUCUGGGGCCCAACCUUCGUCCUGUUCGCGUCUGAGUACGCUGGCGGUACCCUCAUCACCACCAUCACCGAUACGGUGGGCUCCGAGAGCUGCGCGGCCGCCUGCGCCGCCACGCCCGGCUGUGACUUCUGGAGCUACGGCCCCCUGAAUGGUAUCCUGGGGCCUGCCACCUGCUAUCUGAAGCGCGACCCCGGCGGCCGUGGCAAGUUCACCGGCUACGGCCAGCGACCAUUCUUCAAGGCCGGAAACACCACCAAGCCCUACGGCCCCGGUCCCUACUGGAAGCUCCUAGCGACCGCGCCGCCCUCCACGCCGCCCCUUGCUCCCGCUCCAACGGAGAGCGCCAAUGCCUGCGCCGUGCUCAGCCAGCAACUGCUGGACCCCAGUGCCACCAGCCUGCAGCUCACCAGCAUGAAAACCGUGUCGGUUUCGAUCGCUGGCCCCGCGGAUGAGACCGAGCUGCUGCGCUACUUCCAAUUUAUGCGGCCGGCUGACUGCGCCGCAGAGCGGCCAGUCGUGUGCACACAGCCGCCAGCGCCUGGCGGCUCGAGCUCUGCUGCCAUCGCUUCCGCGUCUCCUGAGGAGGCCGACGCGCUGUCCAACUACCUGACGCCCCUGGCCUCCGCGUUUGCGGCGGGUGGCGCCGUACAACUGGAUCUGUACGACAUGCUCGUGGACUCCACCUACGCCCGCCAGCUGUGCAGGCAGCUAGGCGGUGCCCUGGUGGAGCCCUCCAGCCCCGAGCUUGUGGCUGCCGCCCUGGGCCUGGCGCUGGACGCCAUCGACCUGGUGCGCUCAGCCAUGGUGGCGGCGGCGAAGGAUGGCACCACCACAGACGACGCCGGCGGCGUGGCCGUGGCCCUGCGCUACCACAUCGGCCUCACCGACACCGUCGUGGAGGGCAGCUGGCUGUGGGACUCGGGCGCCAAGCUCCUGGACGCAGCCGCCGCCUGGGCACCCAACGAGCCCAACAACGCGAUCAACGCGGCCUUUGGCAACGCAAGCACCGGCGCCGAUGAGGACUGCGUCUCCGCGAUGGUCAUUUCGGGUGGCAGCGGCGCAACGGCGGCCGCGCAGUGGUUCGACGUGCCUUGCAGGGGCUACGUCGCCCGACCGAUCUGCCAGCGGCCCGUGUCGGCUGGCGGCUCCAGCUCGCGGGUGGGGUCUGGGCUGGCGGCGCUCCCGCCAGUGGCGCAGAGCCUGCAAGGCAAUGCGCAUUUCACGCUCUUUGCCCAGCUUAUGGACUGGCCAAGCGCCGAGCUGCUGUGCCAGGCUGCGGGCGGCAACCUCGCCUAUUUUGACUCCCCGCGCCAGUUUGAUGCAGUCACGGAUAUGGUCGUGACAUGGAUGCGCUCCAACGGCCGUCAGCCGCCGGGCACGGACACCACCAGCAGCGACGCAGCCGCGCAGCAACUGGGCGUGUGGCAGGGCCUCAAUGACCGCCUGGUAAAGGGCACGUGGCGUUACAGUGUUGGCAAUGACGUGGCUGAUCCGAGCUGGCAGCCGUGGGCCCCUGGCACGCGCCAGAGCGACACAAUUGAGCUGCCUGUGUCGAGCGCCGACAACUAUGGCACUUUGCAGCCGACUGUGGCCUGCCCGGUGGGCACGUACGUGCGUGGCGUGUCGGGACGCAUUGACGUGCGCAACCCCGACACUUUGGCGGACUCUGACCCUGAUGCCCUGGGUUUGGUGGCGCUGCGGAUGACGUGUGGGGGCCCCGGGCCCCUGUUGGCGGUCACGGACCCCGCAAAUGCGGACCCACCUUUGCCUGUGGGCGAAGACCCUGCGGCGAUCAGCGCAGGCGUGGCUGACUGGACACCGAGCGUGUAUUGCAGCGCCAGUGACACGGACUUCGCCGUCGGUGUGCAGCUCCAAGCUCUGGAGACUCAGUUGACCUAUCAGGGGGGCUAUGCAACUCUUGUGUUCUACACGGCGAACGACAAGGUUGCGGCGACCAACCUGCGUCUCGUGUGCGAUCACGACAUCAAUCCCCCGGCAGACGAGAAUGGAAACCCCGGCGUUGUCAGCGACACGCCCGGUACGGAGCUACCGCUCCCGGGCGGCGCAACGGCUGCCGGCAGCUGGCGCACCGCAGCCAUGUGUGAGCCCGGCCAGUACGUGUGCGGCAUCGGCGUUCAGAGUCUGCCGUACAACGCGAGUGUCACGCACGGUGAUACCAAGGCGUGGUACCGCUUCUACAGUUCGUACAUCGGCGGGCCCCCUACGACCUUGUACAGUGCACCCCCUGACAACGUCAUGGUCAACUCACUCGUAAUCAAGUGCUGCAGCGCUCGUGCUUCCACCAAGCACUGCGCGGAAGUCCGCUACACGCUGGAAGCGACCAGCACCACCGGAAGUGCCCAAGUGUACGAUCAGCCCUGCCGCACCACCCGAACCCAGACCUCCGUCAACCACGUGCUGUGCCGCCGCGACGUCCAAGACGCGGAGGCGGCCUCUGCGACGAUUCAGAUAGCGCGCAACAACAGUGUCACACCCCGCGGCGGCGACGCCACAGCGUCCGCCCUCACGCCCACACUUUCCACGCCCCUUGUGGCCUCUGUUGCCCAGUCCAUAUUCCCUGUGGCCUCAGCCCCCUUCGCCUCGACUUCGGUACAGACCUCCACUUCGGCUGCCGUGACCGGCGUCAGUGAUAGCAGCGGCGGCUGUGGCUACCUUACAAGCAGCGGCCGCACGUGCGUGAACCUUUCGCCGCCUACGCCAACGGUGGAGGUGACGCAGGAGGAGUUCGUGUUGUACGAUGUGCCCAUGCAGUGGGCGUCGGCGUCCUCCUUCUGCUCGCUGCAAGGCGGCGCGCUCGCCGCCAUUGACGACGACACGCAGAUGGCUGUGGUGUCGCGUCUGGUCGGCAGCUGGGCGGCGGGGCGCUUCUACCCGCCGACUGUGUCCGUGUGGUUCGGCGCCAGCAAUGCGGGUUCGGGCGCCGCCUGGCUCUACACCAGUCUGUCGGCCGUGACGUACAACGCUUGGGGCGGCGGUGCGACGGUGCCGCAGCAGCCGUCCUGUGGAGAGCUAGUGUUCAGCCUGAACCCGUCUUCCAUUGACCCUGCCACGUCGGCAAACACCCCCAGCUGGGGCGCGGCUGACUGCAGCAGCCACCGGCAUGUGCUCUGCCGCCGCCCGCUGGCACGGCGGCCGUCGCCGCUUCGCGGCUUGGCGCCGGCGGCGUCUCUGUCGCUUCCGCCGCAGACGCGCACGUCGCUUCACCGGCAGGCAAUGAACUGGACGCAGGCGCUGCAGCACUGUAUGCGCCAGGACGGAGGCUACAUGGUGUCCGUGACAACCGCCAGCGCGGCAGAUGCCUUCGCCGCCGCCAUCUUCGAAGCCAGCCACUCCAGCCGCAGCGCCGCCGCCACCACCCGCGUGUGGCUGGGCGCGCGGUUUGCUGCUCCGCCGGAUUCAUCCAGCUCGGGCGCACGUGUGUGGACCUGGGAAGUGGACAACAGCCCCGUGACCUACACGCGCCGCGGCCUGGUCCUGCCCACGGCGCCCUCCGCGGUGGACCUGUGCCUCGUGUGGGAAAUCCAGUCCGGAAGCGGCAGCAGCGGCGCUGUCGGUGACAGCUGGCGUGUGGAGUCCUGCGACGCGCUGGCGCUGCCGUUGUGUCAGACCGACCUGCAGCCUUUCGUCUGCCGCACUGGCGCAUCCGGCGGCGCGGCCGGCCCUUCGACUUCCAUGCCGCUCCUGUGCCCGCCAGGCACUGCUCUCUCCGGCUUCACCGGCGCCAUUGAGCAGACAACUACGUUGCCAUCCGCAGCACCCACCAACAUCACUGGCGGCCUACCCAUUCCGGGCAUUCCGGGCCCGGGUAGUCCGGGACAGCAGCUUGCGCCCGUAGUGACGAAUCCGUCACUGACGUUCUCAGCCGUCUGCGUCAACCCCCAGGCCACUGGCGAGCUUGUGCAGCAAGCCACCGCCGCCGAGCCGUCCUGCCGGCCUGGCUGGUCCGUGCCACGCCUGGAGGGCCCCGAGGUGCCGGUGCUGCUGCCCGACGCCGUGGCCGACAUUGCCGACCUGGAGGUGGCAUACGCGCAGCUCGUGACUCGCUGCGUGGCCGCAUGCGGUGUGGGCGCCUCGCGGCCCGCCUCGCCCUACACCAGCACCAGCCUCGCGGUCGUGUAUGUGGACGGCACGUGCCGCUGCGCUCGCACGCUGCAAGGCGUGGAAUUGAGCCCGGCUGCGAUCGCCAUGGGAGACAGCGACGGCAGCGGACCCGGGCGCCACGUCUACGGCUUUGGCACGCAGGAGGAUGUGGUGACGCUGUGUGCUGCAUCGGAGGACGUGCUCACCACGGGUCUGGUGCAGCCCGUGCAGUACGAGCUCAGCCUGUCUGACACGCGCUGGACUCCCGCCCUGACGCUGCUGCUGCGGGACUCCAAGUACCGGGUCUUCACCGACCCCGCCGACUCCUGGGACAGCGCCCAGCGUGUGUGCACGCUGCACGGCGGGCACCUGGCGAUCCUGCGCUCCGCUGACGAGCUGACCGAGCUGGCGGCUCGGCUUGCCGCCAGCCUUCCUGCGGCGGCCACCGCCAUGGCUGGGCCCUUCUACUGGGUCGGACUGCUGGGAACGCAGCGGCCCGCGUACAGGUGGCUGGACGGCACGGCCCUGCAGCAGCCCAUUGCGGUGGAGGACGCCUUUGCCUGGGACUACGAUUCCAACUGCGGCUUCAUGAUGACGUCGGAGCUGGGCAGCAGCGCCAGCGGCCUCAUGGCGGGCUCCUGCAACGCCAACAAGUUCCCGUUCAUCUGCGAGACCAGCACGAUGAUUGACACCAGCCUCUCCGACCUGACACCUGGGGAGUCCUGGACGGUGCCGGGCCUGGCGGAUCGAGGGCUGGGCGAAUGGAAGCUCUCGCUCCACGCCGCGCACGCCGUGACCUGGCGCGAGGCGCAGCGCGUGUGCCGCUACCAGGGAGCCGAGCUGCUGUGGUUCUUCGACACGGACGAGCAGCAGGCCGUGUCGGACUGGCUGAGUGGAAUGAUGGCAGCGGUUGCCGCGGACGGCGUGUGGACAGCCAUGGCGGAGGAUGCGGGCGGCCGCUACGUGUGGCGCGCGGACUCGGCUGCUGACAGCGUGGCGCUGUCCACGUGGCAGAUCCCCCGCGACCUGGCCGGUGCUGGCAGCAGCAGGGAUGGUGCCUGCGGGCAGCUGCAGCUGCUGGGCAGCAGCGGCAACGGCAGUAGCAACGCUGUUUCCGUGCGGAGCUGCUCAGACGCGCUGCCGUUUGUCUGCAAAUCCGGCACGCCAUGGGCCGGUCCGCCCGUUGUGACCCCUGCAGCCCCCACCGCUGCUGUUGACACGGCGCCGCCGCCGGCCCCACGGGAACUGAUGUACACCCCAGACGCGGUGGUGGACACCGGUGGAAAGCGCUUUGCGCUGUUCGGUGUGGAUAGCCCAACAAAAGUGUGGGCAGAUGCACAAAUCACGUGCGCCCAGGCUGGCGGCUCAUUGGCGGAAUGGGCGUCCGUGGACGAGUUCGACACCGUUGGGAGCGCGUUUCGCACCGCGCUUUCAGUCCGCACCACCUUACAAGUGUUUGAGGCAUUCAUAGGGCUUAUCAGAGACCCGAACGACAACUCCCAGUUCCGGUAUUACGGCUCGCAGCUGGCCCCCGACCCCACCGUGGCGGCAACUCUCUGGGAUCGCGACCAGCCUGACAACAGCCAGAACGCUGAGUCGUGCGUCGAGAUGCGCAUUUGGCGUGUCAUACCUUUGAAGAGACGUUUCACGUGGAAUGACAUCAACUGCCUUCUCAAGCUACCGUACAUAUGCAUGCUACCCGACCCAUCGCUGUCGUCCAACACGGGCGACGCUAUCGGCAGCGUGGUUGCCCCAAGCACGCCGCAGCAGCUGCUGCCCUACACGCCAGACGCCGUUAUUGACUACCGGACAAAGCGCUUCGUUCUGUUCGGGUUGACGAGCCCCGCCAAAAUUUGGAUCGACGCGCAAGUCACUUGCGCCCAGGCGGGCGGGACGCUGGCGGAAUGGACGUCCGUGGAUGAAUUUAACAACGUGGCAAAUGCCAUCAGGAACGCAGUCCAGGGCAAAACCUCUGUGGCCUUCUUUGAGGUUUUCUUCGGGCUGACAAGGGACCCCAACAACAAUGCCGUCUUCCGCUACUACACCUCCCAGCUGCCGCCCAAUGCUGACGUGGCAUCAACUCUGUGGGAUGCGGGCCAGCCAGACAACUACCAGAACGCCGAGGCAUGCGUGGAAAUGCGAGUGUGGCGGCCGUAUCCUUUCCCGCCCAAAGCGCUCAACACGUGGAACGAUGUGACCUGCACCGCGCGACUGCCGUACCUGUGCAUGCUGGCCGCCCCGGCGGCACCUGCCGCCGCGCCCAACGUGGACCUUCGAAAGCUGGAUGUGGAGGUGGCGGUGCGGGGGGCGCGCUACGUCAUGUACGGCCAGCCUGUUGGCUGGCAGGAGGCGAAGGCGGUGUGUGAGGCCAAUGACCAGGCCCUAGCCGACUUCGAUAGCCCGGCCGCGUACGACACCGUGGUCCGCUUCAUCACCUCGCACUGGGUCUACACACAGCCCUUCUUCAACGACCCCACAAUCGCGGUGUGGACGGGCUACAACUCGCGCUUCUCUGACACUACGGGCUCCAAAUACUUCACAGCCAACGGCCUGCCCGCGGGCGCCGCGACCGGGCUCUACGUACCGCCGGCAACGCCAAGCGGGCUCAGCGGCGUCGACGCGACGUGCUACGGACUGGCCUUGAACCCCAAGUCGCAGAGCCGCUCCUUUGGGCUUCAGGAUUGCGGCAGCGCGCGCCGGCCGCUGUGCCGUGCGGUGGACCGUGCCCUUGCCAGGCCCCUCUUUCAGUCCGAUAACAUUAACGGGCGGCGCUUUGCGCUCUUCUCCACCUUGGUCAACUACGGCACCGCCCGCGACGUGUGUCGCACUCUGCCGGGCGGCGACCUUUCCGUUUUCAAGUCCGACUCGGAGUGGGCCCAGGUCAGCGGUUUCCUGAAGGACCAGUUCUGGCCGCUGGUGGUGGACCAAAACAAGGCAUUGAAGAACCCGACGGAUGGGGGACUCUACGCGCCGCUGUGGGCCGGUUUCAACAAGCUAGCAACUCCCACGUGGACGAUGCUGGAUGACCCGCUGCGUGACGUGACCUCCAACGCCGCCUGGUAUCCCGGCCAGCCCGUUCAAACCUCAAGCUGCGGCUCGGUUUACAUCUACCAGCAGGGUGACCGUCCUGGCGUGACCGCAAACUGGUUGGCAACCGACUGCAACCUGCUCCAGUACUUCUUGUGCUCAUACACGUCGCCUAUCGACACGAUGCAGUCGCCUGCGCCACCCGCCCCGGUAACCCCGCUGCCCGCGGCUUCUCUGUACGCACUGCGCUCGGGCGUGAGUGCCUCCAUCGCACGCGGCGCCUACAUCUACACUCUGGUCACGGACCCAUCCCUCCGUGCAUCCUGGCAGCAGGCCCAGUUGAUGUGUCAGCUAAUGCCGGGCGCCCCAGGCGGCGGUCUCGCCACUCUGUUCACUCGGGAGGACGCCGCCUUCUUCGCAGCGGUGGCGGCGGAGGCAGAACCAACCAGUGCCGGCGUCACCAACGUGUGGGUGGGCUUCGCUGACUUUAUGUCGCCAGACUCGCCCUACUGGACUGCGACGAACGUGGCGCCGCCCGGGGAUCAGCAGGGCCUGGUGGGUGGCUGGACACAGGACGACGCCAACCCCAUCACCAGAAGUACACCAUCCGGCGACAUGGUGAUGAGGGAGGCGGCGACGUGCGGCUAUCUGGACCCCAGUGGCGGCGGCCGCAUCCGCCGCGGCGUGUGCAGCUGGGCAUUCUCCUUCCUUUGCAUGGCGCCCGGCUACACCUCGGCUCCGCAGCAUGUGGCCGUGGCGGAGAUUUCCGGAGACGGCCUGCCCGACCUGGUGGUCGCGACCAACUGCCCGUUCGACAACGGCGCUUCGCUCGUGGCCCUUCAACAGCCCUCGCCGGACCCCGCGGCUCUUGAGCUACCCAUCGCCGGCCCCGACUCACUGCCGGUCUCGGCCACUGAGCCCGCGCUGUCGCAGCGCACGUGCGGUGACGGCAUUCCGAUCUGGCAGCGCGAGGAGUGCGACGUCGGCCCCGACGGGAGCGAGCUGUGCUCAACGACCUGCAGCGUCACGCCCAAGUUCACAGUGCGCGCAUCCUCCAAGGAGGCCUACAUCGUGCUGGGCAACACGCCCCCGGCUUCCACGGCGGUGGCCGUUUCGUCUCCCGCCUCUGCUGGCGCCCUGGUCCCUUCGACUUCGUCGUACUUCCUGCCGCACCUGGGCGUCAACUUCAACCUGUACGGCCAGGCACGUGGCUUCAAGCAGCUGGUCGAGGCCCCCGGCGACCCGCUGCUGUUCCGCGGCUUUUCCAACAUCACCGCCGACAACGUGGCGCCCGUCAACCAGCCAGUCGCGGUGCACCGUGUGCGCAAGCUGUCAGCCGGCACGCCCUUCCAAUACCGUGCGCUGUGGACUUCCGACCUGGCCAAGCCCGCGCUGCCGGACUGGAGCGAUGUGGAGACCGUGGCGGAGGACGACCGGUCCGCCUUCACCACCGCCACCACCACCUGCGGCUGCACCGCGGACAACCCCGGCGGCGGCCCGCGCGGUCUGACGGUGUCGCAACAGUUCAGCUCCAUUGUGUUCAGCUGGACGGUGGGCAGCGCCUGUGAGGCCUCCGCCUCCAUCACCCGCACACCUCUGGACCCGCUUACGCGCCAGCCCGUGCCGUCCGCCAACGCCACCACCGCCUCCGGCAGCGCGGACGCUGGCGCUGCCGGCGCGAGCGGCAACGGCACCACGGUGGUGGCGCAGCUGUCCAUCGGCCUGCCGUGCGGCUCCGUGUACCGGCCCAGCAAGACGGAGGUCGAUGAAGACAUCGUGCGUGACAAGCUGCAGGUGGGGCGCACGUACCGCUACUGUGUGGUGGUGGCCUCGGCCGCCUCCUCCGGCUACUUCCUGGACCCCGCCAACCCCACUGCGGCCGACCGCUUCGUGAGCGCUCCCGUGUGCGCCGACGUGACCAUUGCCUGGGCCGCGCGCGUGGAGGGCGAGGUCCGCACCAAGUACGACACGCCCGCUCCGGGUGUGCGGCUCACGGCGCGGCUGCUGGGCAGUCCCUACGUCGUGUCCGCCGUCACGGACGACAGCGGCCGAUACGUCAUUGAGCUGCAGGCGGGCGGCAGCAGCAGCAGCAGCGGCAGCGCGGCGGGAACGCUACUGCCGCUGCCGGGCGGCUGUGACCCGGUGCUGGCUCCGGAGGCCUGUCUCAACCAGCUGGUCAGGCUAACCGCGAGCUCCCGCACGCGGCUGCGCUCCGGUCGCAUCAUCCUCCACUCCUUCUCCCUGAACGGUCGGCCUGGCGGCGCUCAGACGCUGGCGCUGGCCCACCUGCAGGUGGCCACCAGUGUGCGCAUCACGGAUGAGUCGUCGCUGCCCAUCAGCGGCUACGUCAGGUGGCCGGGAACAGCCGCCAAUGCAGGCUUCGACCAGACGCGCGGCUGCCCCAUCACUGACGCCAAGGUUUGUGUGGUAUCUGCCGCCGACAACAGCUCCAUCGCAUGCGUGUCCUCCGACCCCGGCACCGGAGCCUUCCUGGUGGCUGCGGGCAUCGGUGCCUACGUCCGGCUCACCGCCGCCUACAUGAACCACAGCAUGACCAUCGACCUGCCGGCAGCGGCCGAGGCUGACGCGGGCGGCGCCUUCGAGCUGACUCAGCCGCUGUACGACGUGGACGUGCGGGACGUGCAGACGCGGCAGCUGCGGCUGGGGCUGAUCGGUGGGCUGUGCCAGUACGGUCUGGGCGCCCCAGUGCUGCAGUUCACAGCCUACGACUGUGACGACCAGGCCGGCCAGCCGCCUCUGCAACGCCAAGUGACUCUGGACCCCGCGGAACCCUUCAGCGUCUUCACACUGCCGGCCCUGCCGUGGGUGAUCGGGUUUGCCGGCCUGACGCAGCCCAUCCCCGGCCUGCUGCCAGAGUCAGUCAGCACCUACCUCACUCUCACGAACCAGAACUCCCGCUUUGUGAACCUCACGACGGCGCCCGACGACACGACCGACGGCACUGACGGCGGCGGCGGCACCGUGCCAAGCGUUGGCCUGCAGACCAUCGCCUUCACCUACACAGCCCCCAACGACGUGGAGCUGGAGGUGUGCAAGGAGAGCAAUGGUCUUUACGUCUUCUGUGGCGACUACAGCUUGGCAAACAAAUGCGAUGGAAGCAGUUCGACCGGCGCGUACGCGGCCGUGUACAGCGCGUUCGCGCCGCCCGACAGCGCGCUGGUUGGCAAGGACGUGGUGCUGCUGAGGCGAGCUGCCAACUACAAGAUGCGCGUGCGGUUGUACCAGAUGUACGGCAGGCUUCGCUGCGACAACGUGCAGUCGACGGUGCUCAUCCAGGACUCCAUUGCCGGAGACGUGGACACCAACCUUUGCAGCGUGUCACGGAAGGGCUGCUCACAGCAGGUGGCGCCAGUGCCAGCCACCAACACAUCCGAGUUCGUGUAUGACCUGGUGCCCGGCGCGCCCAACUUCGCCGCCGCCACCGCCUACGCGCGCCCGCUGUCGGUGGUGGCGAGCAGCGCUGGCUGGCCAUCCCGCUCUUUCAACCUGUACGCCAUUGUCGAGGGCACGCUGUCACGCACCGGAAGCGGCUACAUCGAAAUCCCGGUCCCCGUCCCACUUCUCAUCCUGCGCGACCCGCCCGGCGACCGGUCGUUUGCGCGUUUGGACAGCUCCAUCUCCACCGCCGUCAAACUUUCCAUGAUCACAAACGACAAGUCCACAUGCGGUGGCCUGGGAGAGCGUGAGAUUCUUUCCAAGGCACUGCCAUGGAGUUUGUCGAACGCCAUCCCGUUCUCAAAGCUGUUCAAGCUCAAGAACAUCAAAAGCACCUACAGCACUCUAAAGCUGUUCGGCGGCAGGGCGUUCAAUUUCUUGGAGAAUGGCGCAAGCAAGGCCUUCGGCAAGCUCAAAACCCUGGGCACUAAGGUCUUCAAAGGCGCGGAAGCGGCUGAGAAGGCCACAGCAAUCGCCAAGGCCAAGCCGCGGCUGAACGCGGGGGUGGUGCCCGUCAACCCGACGGCCUGGGCACGCACCAAGCCAACCAGUGCCGCAGGCGGCGCCAAAACCUUCCUCCGGCGAGGAGAGGCCGUCGCAAAAGUUGCUAAGCCGCGAACCACUGCCGUUGGCGCUGUGGACACCGCUCUGGACUACCUGCCAUUCGGCCCGACCAUCAAGAAGGGAGCCAAGGCAGUUGCAGGCGCCCAGAAGGCGUUGGUGGGAGCUGUUGAGCAGACGAUCGCUUUUGCAAAGAAGUUUGAUCCAGAGGCCAUCUACAAGGCCGCUGAGGACGCUAUUCCCGCAGUCGUCAAGGAGACAAAAGAGGUGUAUGAUGAGCAGUACAAGAAACAAGUGGACAUGGUCACGAAGUACUUCAAACGCCUCAAGCGACUGAAAGACACACCGCCCAACCAGCAGCAGCCCGACCCCAACGGACUGCAGAUGGGGCGCGGCGCGGGCCUCUCGUGGCGGCGCAUCGACUCGACCGAGGACUUGGUGACCCAGCUGUUCGCGGAUGCCGGCAUCGAGAACGUAUCACCAGACACCGCUGCCGCCGUGCUCGGUGAGAUGCUGGUCCUGGAACCAGACCAGACCGAGGACCUGCUGGCAAACCUGAUCGCGCGGUACGACAACCACCAGCUGGCGGCGGCUGAGAAUAAUGGUGAUGGCUCAUCGUCUGAUGACGGCGACUAUGACGAGGGUGCGGGCGACGGCUCGGGCCCGAAGGCGGUCAAGCCGGUGGUCCAACUGGGAGCCAUCUCCAUUGCAUUCAACAAGGACCCGUACGCCAUGGGCCCCGGCAACAACGGUUUCGGCGACCAGAAGUCUGUCGUACCGGACUCGUACCGUCCCAACGGAGCCGGCAAGUCCGGAGGCGAUUUUGAGCUGAACCCGCGGUUCCCAUCCACAAACCUUAUCUACCCGCAAUGCUCGCGCCAGACGUUGGGCGUUGGCUUCGACCUCGAUGUCAGUCAGUGCACCGGGUUGGGUGUGUCCAUCUGCACGCCCUUCCUGCGCGACCGGGGUGUGGCGGGCGUAACCACCGACAAGGCCUGGUACAAUGAGGGGGACGAGGAAAGUUACUACCAGCUCAAGAUCACGCGAACCGAGGGCUUCUCCACUCCCGAGGAGAGCAGUCCUGAAAUGUCUGGCGGCGGUUCCGACAUGAUCCUGGCCCCCACCUUCGCGAUCAUGUUCAUCUUGCAAGACUCGCUGUCGUUCGACACGGCCACCUGCACCCCCACUGCACAGCUGGGCGUGCCUGGCUGGGACCUGCAGGAGAACAGCCACGGCACGGCCUGGCACAGCGUGUGGCACAUCAAGAAUGUGAUGAUUCCGGAGCUGGCCUCCAAGCUCGAGGCGGAGAACGCAAAGCCCCCGCGCGAGCAGCGCCCGGACAUUGCGUCCAACCUGCAGCAGGGCCUGCGCGGCUGGUCGGACAUCCUCACCAUCUACAACCAGCUCAACGACCUGGCAUCCGCCAAUGAUGAGGAGCUGCCAAACUACCAGGUUGGGCAGCAGGACGUGAACGGUCUGACUCAGGGCACGGUGGAGCCCAUCUGGCACACCACCAUGGACGAGCAUCCGGACAGGGCGGCUGACGCCUACGAGGGCCGUGGCGUGGACCCGGAGCGCCUGGAGGAGUCGCCGGUGUGGAAGCUGGGUUUCUUUGAGGGCAGCGAGAAGCUGCAGCAGCUCAUGCUGCGGACGCAGUCGUACAUGGACAACAGCAGCGAGGCGGGCAACAUCGUAAUUGCGCCCUACUCACGGGCCGCGGUGGGCGGCGUCACGGCCGGCAAGCAGCUGGACACGCUGCAGCGGGCAUACGGCGUGCAGUUCAACACCUUCUCGUUCUCAGGAGGCGGCGCCAGCUACAGCUACAGCCUGACCACCACCAGCACCAUGAGCACCCGCAUCGGCUUCUCCAUCUCAUUCAAGAACAUGUUUGGUCUGCAAGGAGGUGGCGGCGGCGGCACGGGGCUGUGGGUGGAGACGCAGGACGAUUACAACUACGGCUUCGAGCUGGAGUUCAACAGCCAGCUGGUUCAGGAGACAGAGCGGCAGCGGGUGGUGAGCUUCACGCUGAGCGACAAGGACGUGGGAGACCAGUUCCUGGUCAAGAUCAAGCCCGACCUGGCGUUCGGCACGCCCUACUUCGAGCUGAAGGCCGGCCGCAGCCGCUGCCCGCACGAGCCCGGCACGCAGCAGCGCGAGGGCGCCGACCUCAGCGUGCUUGGCGGCCAGAACGUGCAGACCAACCUCAAGCAGGGCGAUGAGGCGCUGUUUGAGCUGGUGCUGGAGAACCAGUCCGGCACAGACGAGGCGGUGCAACUUGAGCUGGGGCCGGACCUGGGCACCAACGGCAACGGCAUGUACUUGCAGCUGAUGGGCGCCCCCUGGAUCCAGCCUGUGCCGAUGGACCUGCGCGGCCCCUUCGCCGCCAGCACCCGUGCUCUGGUGGCCGCCCGCUGCGGCCCGCGCUACUCCAAUGCAUCCGUGGACAUCGUCGCACGGGCCACCUGCGACGCAUCCGAGCUGUCGCGCACGCCGCUGACGCUGCAGUGCUACAGCCCCUGCCCGCAAGUGCAGUGGCCGGUGGCGUGGCCGCCCAUCCAACCCCUGAUCUACAACUUCAGUGACGCGGCGGCCAAGAACACCAUUCGGCUGACGCUGUUCAACCCGGCCUACGCCAUCCAAAAGUGGAACACGCACCCGCGCCUGCAAGGCGGCAACGGCACCGCCGUGAUCCUGGUGGAGUACCUGAACCGGGUGUCGGGCGGCGGCAUCUGGAGCCCUGUGGUGGACCCAGCCGCAGGCGGACCCGUCAACUAUGCCACACGCGAGGACCCCGCGUUCGGCUUCGCGCCGUUCGACUGGGACGCGUCGGUGCUGCCGGACGGGGAGUACCUGAUCCGCUACGUGACCAUCUGUGACAACAAAGUGGGAGGCGGCACGGACUCCCGGGUUGAGGGCACUCCCAUCUCUCUGCUGGUGGACAAGCGGCCGCCGCUGCCCACCUACAACUCCCUGCUUCCGGGGCUGGCGUACGUGCCGGGCGACGAGGUAUAUGUGGAGUUCAGUGAGCCCUUGGACUGCCGCCAGCCCGUCGCCUUCUCAUGGACGGGCGAUCAUGUCGACGCAGCAGACCCCUCUGGCUCCGACCCGCGGCCCGUGCAGCCAGAUGACUUCUCGCCUGUGUGCGACGGCCGGCGAGUGGGUCUGUCCUGGAGCCCGCUGUCCCGCCCCUCCGCCCUGGCGCCGGGGCGGCUGGUGCGGCUGCAGCUGCGCGGCGUGCGGGACGUGGCCGGAAACACCUUCGCGCCGCCGCUCAACCUGAGCUUCGUCACCGCGUCUGGCCUGCCAUCCAACAACCCGGUGACGCUCACGCUGGCGCUAGGACCGGUCCAGGCGCCCACACGCCGCCUGCAGUUCGCCACGUCCCCUCAGCCAUCUGCCACCUCCGCCUCAUCGUCCACUGCCAGCUCCGAUGACGUCGAUGAGGAGUGGGCGCAGUACGGCGGUGAGGUGGCACGGCAGGAGGCCAUUGGCUCCACCCGCCGGCUGCUGCACGAGGUGGAUGCCGCGCUGGAUGACUGCCUCAACCGCCACAUCAUCCGCACCGCCGCCACCGCCACCGGGGCUGUAGCAACUGCUGCGGCCACUGGCACUGCUGAUGGCGUCGCGGACGAGCCGCAAGCGCAGCAGCAGGCGCAGCAGGAGCAGCCGCAGAACGUGGGGAGCGGCGGCCGGCGCCAGCGGCGCUCGCUGCUGGCCGAGGUGGCUGAGGCGGUGUCCGCUGUGUCGUCCCGCCUGUUCGGUGGCGAGGCAAGCGGCGGUGCUGCAACUGCCGGGGAUGAGGAGCCUCCGGUGCGCGCCGUCUCCAUCCUACGUGACGACGACCUCAUGUCUGUGGUGUUGGAGCUGGAGGUCACGGACCCCCAGGCCUCCCGCACCGCCUUCAAGCCCCACAGCGUGCCUGCACCCCAAACUUCCACCGCUGCCGCGGUCUCAGCAGCCACGAGCUCGCCUGCUGACGGAAGCAGCAGCGAUGGCGUGCCCGAUGGCAAGGGCGAGGGUGACAAUGACGGCGAGGGUGAUGCGGUGGGACUGGCCUCACGUGUGCUGCGGGAUGCACGCAACCCUGCCUCCUGCCUGGCCGGCCGGCUGAGCGCCGCAGUGGGCUGGAGCCGCUCGCUGCCGCCUCAGACCGAAGCCGGUAGCACCACCAGCAGCGGCACCGGCAGUAGCGGUACCAGCGCUGUGCGCGCUGCGUACGUGACGCAGAGUAUUGUGCAGCAAGGCGUGUCUGGCGUGUCGGAGGAGGCACUGGUGGCGGCCCGGCGCGGCGCGGCGGACCGGGCAGCGGCGCUGGGUCUGCUGCCCCAGUGGGCGUCUGGUCUGGAGUCGCUGCGUGCGGAGCUGGUGGCCGCGGCGGAGAAGGCCGGCCUUCCCGUGGAUGUGGUCAUUGGGAGUGGCAACGCCGUGGCUGCUGUUAGCACCGAUGACAAUGCCAGGGCUGCUGGCGCGGCGUCUGUGUCGGCUGCAGUGGGUGCCGCAGACGCGGCGGAGCUGGCUGCAGGACGGGCAGGUAGUGGCGCUCUCAACGAGCAGCAGCAGCAACAGAACACCUGGGCGCUGCCGUCCUUUACGGCCAGCAGGCGCAUGUCGGGAGGAGCCGGCGGCCCGGCUGCUGCAGGCGGCGCGGGUGGUGGUGGUGGAUACGUGGGUAUGGUGGCGGUGGUCCUGAUCUGCAACAUUGCAGCCGUGGCUCUGGUGGGCGGGCUCUGGCGCAGGUGGCGUGGGCAGCAGCGGGGCGCAAGCGGCCAGCAGGGCAAGCGGUCGCCGCGUGUCUAAGCCAGAACUUGUACAUGAGUGCAUGCACAUACAAACGUAGAGCUUCAGCAGGUAUGGACAGCGGAGGAUGGACGGUGGACGGUGGAGGUACAGGAUGGACGGUGGAGGGUGGCGGGUGGCGUAAACCUGGUACAUAAGCAAGUGCAUAGCUCGUAAAGUCAGGUCAUGGAGAGACUGGUGGCGAGCAUGCUGUGACAAUGUCAUGCAGGCUGAGGUGGCACAUGUUUCUUCUUUCGUGCUAUGUGUGAUUUUACCUGGAAACGUUUCACUUUGGUCCGGUACUCCCAGGUGCACGGCGGCUACCACAAUUUUCGAAAC